UUGCGCACCAACCCCCAACCCCAGUCGAUACUCCUGCGGGUCAACUCGCGCAUGCGGCAUGCGGCCGACCCAACACUCAACUGUAUUAGCGACAUGGCCGACAGCGAGUUUGAAGAAUUUCGCCGAGCAUUUGACAGACUACCACAACACAUAAAGGCCCCGACACCCUUUUAUUCAUUAGUGCCAAAUGUUGGUCUGGAAGAUGACUCUCCAUCAUCGAAGAGUGAAAGUACGCCUGAGGAUGACCAAAAAUGUGUGGGUGAAAGAGGGGAUACAAUAAGCGCAGUUAACACCAAAGAUACAUCCCCCGAUCCCCAAACAGAAAUAACCGAACUACCCCGUAGCCCCCGACAUCAGACAUUUACAAAUGGCGAACGCAGGAGGAGAAAGCUACCAGAAAUACCUAAAAAUAGAAAAUCCACAAUAAUACCAUGCGGCCAACCGGCCUCGCUAGCAGAUGAACUUGGAGCGUUGGCUGGACCCAUUAUCAGACCAGGGUGCCAAGGGAGGCCCUUGCUGGUUCUCAAAUGUGGAUAUCUGCUGGAUGAAGAUUCGAGUCCAGACUCUGAGCGGUUGCAGAGCUUAGGCGAUGUAGAUAGCGGACACAGUACGGCUCACUCACCCGUAGACACGGCUCCUAAGAGCCUUUCACCCACUCCAAUGCAACAACAAAAUGUAUCACCAUUAUCGAGCUGCAGCAUCAGUGGCAUAAACUUUGCCGGUAACAUGACAACGGUUCCUCAUAGUCACCUUGAGAUGUUGGAGGCGACGCAUCGAGGCCUACACAAGUUCAACCCCCGACACCACGAUGAGAUAGAAGUGGAGAUAGGUGACCCAAUCUAUGUACAGAAGGAAGCAGAAGACUUAUGGUGCGAAGGCGUUAAUUUGAGAACGGGACAACAAGGUAUAUUUCCAUCAGCGUAUGCAGUUGAUAUGGACUACAACGAUUUCGACCCGGCAAACUCCAAAGUAAAAAGGGAACGAUAUCUAUUAGGAUAUAUGGGCUCAGUCGAGACUCUGGCCCAUAAAGGUACAGGAGUAGUUUGCCAAGCAGUAAAGAAAAUAGUAGGUGAUAACAGCGGAGAGCCAGGAGCGCAACCAUGUAUUUUAGAAGUAUCUGAUCAAGGACUCCGUAUGGUUGAUAGGUCAAAAUCGGAGAGAGCACGGAACGGUCCCUGUAUUGACUAUUUCUAUUCGCUGAAGAACGUUUCUUUCUGUGCGUUCCAUCCACGCGACCAUCGGUAUCUGGGCUUCAUAACGAAACACCCAACGCUCCAGCGAUUUGCAUGUCACGUGUUUAGGGGCUCAGAGUCUACUAGGCCAGUGGCUGAAGCAGUCGGGCGUGCUUUCCAAAGGUUUUACCAGAAAUUUAUUGAGACGGCGUAUCCAAUUGAAGACAUCUACAUUGAAUAAAUUAGCAACUAAUUCAACUAGGCUUGCUACCUCACAAAUAAACUCAAUAUUUCUUAAAACUUGUUGUCGUUGUCAUGUCGCCAACACCAUGUAAAUUUUAUUAUUAAUAUUAAUAAUUAGCAGUCAUAAUCUGUUUACUCAUCUUUUCUUUGCAUUUUUUUUUAUUAGCUUGAAUAUUACUAUGUACCAGCUGAGACAGUAUUACUAAUACGGUGAAGUGAUAUGAAUAUUCCGAGAUCACAUAUUGUAAUUUAAUUAUGUAUUUUUCUCGUAAUUUUGCAUGUUGAAACGGAAAUAGCGGGUACUGUCUUAUAGAGGAAAAAGCGCCAUUUUCGGUUUAAAACAAAAAUUAAGCCAAUUAUUUGUGAUUGUUUCUUUUUUGGAUCUAAGAUUAUAAUAAACUAAUAAGAAUGAUACAUAUUCAGAUAUGUAUAUUAUAUUUUUAUAUAUUCCCGACGAAAAUGGCGUAUCUUCUUAAAAUGGGGAGUGUACUGUGACUGUGAUACGGAGACAUUUUAAGUGUGUGGUAU